AUGGACCGCUUCUUAGUGUUGCCCGAGUCCCACCUCGUCGCCAUUGUCUCCUUCUUGCCUUUCAAAGAAGCGGCAAGAACCUCCGUUCUGUCGAAGCGUUGGCGUCACGUUUGGCGUUUGUCGAAAAACAUCGAGUUCGACGAACGUUGCUUUGCCAACGUCGAUGCCGAUAGAGAGGUCCAAAUACAAGUGUUCAUUGAUUUUGUGCGGCAGUGGGUUCAAAACUACCAAGAACCCACCGUGGACAGACUUUCUCUCAAGUUUUCGCAGCCACAAAAUAACCCAAGGGUUGUCGAAAACUGCAUCGCAUUUGCCCUCGCCGGCCAUGUCAAACACCUAGCGCUUGAUUUCUCUGAUCGCACAUGGGCUGUACACGAUCUCGACGAUAUUGCUCAUCCGACGCAGUUUGAUCUGCCUCUGUCUGUUUAUAACCAUCCUCUCGAAUCUUUGACUCUGUCUUCUUGCAACUUCAAUGUGUCCGAGUUCAAGAAUUUUGGGAUGCUUAAAGAAAUUUCGUUGUGUUGGGUUGAAAUGAAGGAAAGCACUACCAAGGCUUUGUUGGCCAACUGUGGGUGUCUUGAGAGUUUGAGCCUGAGACACUGUUGGGACAUGGACAACUUCUUCUGUGUUCGAGUAGGGGAAUUAAAGCUGAAAACUUUGGUGGUUUAUAAGUGCAGGUUUAUGUGUUCUUACUUUGAAUUUGAGGCACCAAAUCUGCGUUGUCUGAGGUACUCUGGGACCCUGCCAAAAUUUUGUUUACUCAGAAAUGGAGGCUUGGAUGAGGUGGAUCUUGACUUUGGGCAUGAGACUCAUGGGAAUGAGGCAGUGUCUGAUCUUCUUGGUCAACUCAUCGAUGAAGUCAACCCCAUGAGGGCAUUGACUGUUUGCACCUUCAUGCUUCAGGUUCUUCCAAUGGGAGAGGAAGGCAUUGGUUCUCCUUUGGGCAUUACACAGUUGACACUAAAAACGACGAUGCAUGACCAUGAACAACACGGCAUCCAGUAUUUCUUGAAAAACUGUCCCCAACUGGAGACUCUGAAAUUCGAAAUAGACAGCCAUGCCCGUACCAGAAUUAUCAAUUAUACGGAAUAUGAAGCUCCAUGUGCUGAAGUGAAACCUGAACAUAUGUGGGACGAGAACACGAUUACUUUCUCGUGUGUAACGCAGACUCUGAGAGAGGUUGAGAUGAAGGGCUUUAGGGCGUCGCCAAACGAGAUCGGUUUCAUGUGCUAUCUGCUCUACCAUGGCCGCCUCAUGGAAAAGCUUACUAUUAUUGUUUCAAGCCAAGCGAGCGGUCGUGGAAACCCACAACUCUACCGAAUGGUAGCUGAAAAGACGCGGGAUUUACCUAGAACGCAGACGUAA